AUCAAAACAGUAGCUUUUUCUAGCUUCUCCGUACAAGGCAGUGACACAGAUGCGCGUGGAAGAUAAGCCUUCUUUUCCACAAAGCGUUUGCUCAGAUUGACUUCACGCCGCGGAAGAAAAGUGUAUGAACGAACCGUUCGUGUGCUAGUAGUACUCACUGAGAACUUGUUCGCUUAGGCUACAGGCGCCAACUUUGCGAGUUUUCAGUACAUGGCGGGCCUCCCGCCAUCUGCGGGCGACGGCGACGCGGCACCGCCGCUGCGCGCGCAGAUCGCGUUGAACAUGGACGCCAUGGUGGCGCAGCUGCGCGACGACGCCGCCCUCGCGCGCCUCCCCGACGCCGCGCUGCUCCAACAGUCCGCCGCCGCCGCGCGCUUCACGGAAAUCAUGGCCGCCGCCUCGCUGGGCGCGCGUGGUGCGACAGGCGCCCACUCGCAAGCGCGGGAGCAGGGAAGGCCGCAGGUGGAUCUAGGCGAUGCAGGCAGCAACGAGAGCGCUGUCCGGCGGUCGACCGCGGCCGCGACGGGUGUGAUUGCAAGCACUGCAGGCUCUGAGCGCCGUAUAGGCACAGAAAGCAUCAUGUCGAUGAUGGAGACCCGAUGCAUGACCAUGGGCGAGAUCGGCCGAGGCAUUGAAAUGGGCGCGAAUGAGAGACGAGGGCCCACGAUGGACGCGGCGAGUUGCCCCAAUGUGAGAGGUAACGGCAAUGAGCGACGCAACCAAUUGCUCCUGCUGCAGAUGCACUUGUGGCAGCAACGACAGCGCCAGCAGCAGCAGCAGCAGCAGCAGCAGCAGCAGCAGCAAGAGCAAGCACAGGAACAGGAAAGGGCCAUGGAGCAACAGCUACUGGCAUUGCAGCAACAGCAGUGGCAGCAGCCCCUGCCGUGGCAGCAGCAGCAGCAGCUACUUUUGCAGCACGAAUUGGCUCAGCAGCAGGGCCUGGUGUUGCAACACAUGGCCGCCAGACACCUGACCGCGGGGCAUCCGGUGCCAGCAGGGCAUCAGGUGACAGCAGGGCAUCCGGUGCCAGCAGGGCAUCAGGUGACAGCAGGGCAUCAGGUGCGCAGUGAGGUAUCGCAUGCCGCCUUGCCUGACCUGCAGUACCACGACGUUGCCGAGCCUCACCACUCCCACUCACCGCACCAGUACCAGCAGCAGCAGCAGCAGCAGCAGCAGCAACAGCAACAGCAACAGCAGCAACAGCGGCAGCAGCAACAGCAACAGCAGCAACAGCGGCAGCAGCAGCAGGCGCAGCUAGCCGCGUUGGAGCAGCAGCUGACGGCCAGCCUGGCGCGGCGAGAUGCGGCUUUGGCGGAGGCUGGGGGGAAUGAAGAGGCCCGCGCGCUGGAAGAGGAGGGGGAGGGCGAGGGGGAGGAGGGGGGAGUCAGGGAAGGAUUGUUUCAUCCUUUGCUGUCCUUUACUCUCCCUGUGCCUCACCCUCUCUCCCUCCCUAAAACCCUCCUAUCCUCCUCACGCUCUUCUCACUCCCUUUCUCCCAUCCCGGCCUCCCUUGUGCCUUUCGCCUGUCCCCCUGUCGCCUCUUUCCACGCCCGCUUCAUGGAGGGGCUGCAGCAGCUGCAGCAGAGCAUACCGUACGCGGCGGGCAACGAGGAGACCGCCUCCAUGCUCGAAAACGUCGUCUCCUACAUCCGCCAGCUGCAGGACGACUGCAGUGGGCUCGAGCACAUGCUCGUCUCCACCUCCCCCUCCUCCUCCACCCCAGCCGCUGCUGCUGCCGCUGCUGCCGCUGCUGCGUCCCUUCCAGUAGCCACCAGCAACGUCAGUGCGCUGCUGCCACCGUCCCAUUUCCCGCCCUUCAUGGUACCGCGGCAGUCACCACCACCGCCACCACCCUGACAGGCCGCUGCACGUCCACCAGAGUUAGCACUCAGCAAGUCGCCUCGUCCUUGCCGCCUGCAGGCUUGUCGUGUGGGUGCAUGUGCAACGGGCAUGGGCGUGCAUGAACAAGGCAUGCCACCAUGCCACCAUGUCUUGUCGCUUUCUGCACUCUUGUCUUGAGCCAUCGUGCUUCUCGGUAGCAAUGCCAGUGUGUGCCCGUGUCUCUUCAUAUCUGCAAUGCAUCUG